GUGUCAGCUGUCAUUGGUCACAUGACCCGGAAAAUGUGGGGCUUAAUUCCUGUGUUGGACUGCUCCCAGCUGCUGUGCCUCUGCCCUACGCAGUGCAAGCCCUCCAUCUGCCCCAUCACGACCCCCGGACCCCGGGUGGACUCUCCUCAUCACACCAUGUCAGCAGACCAAGCUUUUGUGACGUUGGCCACGAACGACAGCUACGCCAAGGGAGCGAUGGUUCUCGGCCAGUCGUUACGAAACCACAACACGACCAGGAAACUGGUCGUACUCGUCGGACCUCAUGUUGCAGAACCUUGCAGAGAUGCGCUCCGCUCCAUUUUUGAUGAGGUGCGUGUGGUGGACGUCAUGGACUCAGGCGAUGCGGCUCAUCUAUCCCUGAUGAAGCGUCCGGACCUGGGGGUAACAUUCACCAAACUGCACUGCUGGACUCUUACACACUACAGCAAGUGUGUGUUCAUGGAUGCAGACACACUGGUGCUGUCAAAUAUAGAUGAACUCUUUGAAAGAGAGGAACUAUCUGCAGCGCCGGAUCCUGGUUGGCCAGACUGUUUCAACUCUGGGGUGUUUGUCUUCAGGCCGUCCAAUGAGACGCACGACAAGCUGCUCACGUUCUGCAGUGAAAACGGCAGCUUCGAUGGUGGAGAUCAGGGAGUUCUCAACAGUUUCUUUAACACCUGGGCGACGGCAGACAUUUCCAAACACCUUCCCUUCAUCUACAACCUCAGCAGUAUCGCCAUCUACUCUUACCUGCCAGCUUUUAAAGAGUACGGCCAUGAUGCCAAGGUGGUGCACUUCCUGGGUAAGGUGAAGCCAUGGAGCUACUCCUACGACGCUCAGAGGGGCGAGGUCAAAGGUCACGCCCUGUCCCCUGAACAGUGCCAUCUGCACCCCGACUACCUGCUCAUGUGGUGGCAGCUGUACGCCAAAUCUGUGCUGCCUUUACUGCAGCAGGCCUACGGGGACACGCCAUUCAACAGCGGCUUUGCAGAGGCGAUUGAGGACGUUAAGCUUCACGAGGAUGUUAAAGAGCACCCGGCACCCUUCGCUCCCCCUCCCCAGAAGGUUUCAUCACAGGAGAGGAAGCAGCGCUGGGAAGCGGGCCAGAUCGACUACAUGGGUGACGACUCCUUUGCCAACAUUGAGCGAAAGCUUAACUCCUUUUUAAAGUAGCGGGCAGGCGAAGUAGCGUGACAGACAGAGAGAGCACCAGUCAAAGCUCUGUGUGGGUGAAGAUUUUAAUCACUGCUCAGCCAAUCACAGGGGCUUGAUUAGCAUGGGACUGGUUGCAUCUGUGCAAUGUUUAGCCUCACUCUCUGCACCCUGUCAGUGUGUGUGAAUGACAGGGAGUAGACGUUUGACAGUUCCCAUGCACUUUUACCAUUCAUUUAGUUCCCUCAGAGGAAAAGUUUGACAUUUCGGGAAAUAACCUCAUUCGCUUUCUUGCUGAGUUAGACGAGAAGAUUGAUAGCACUCACUACACGUUUGUAUGCGUGAUAUAAAGCUACCACAAACAGCUGGCUAACGCUUAGCAUAAAGACAGCACUGUGUACGAUAGAUACUCCAUGAUUUGGUCAUGUUUAAAGAUUGUUUUGUUUUUAUGUAUUGCUACCGGACUAUUUCUUGGCCGAAACCAGUUAUUUCCUCAAGUCUCGGUUAGUUGCCCAGCAACUAGUUGCGGCCGCCUAGAAAUACUUUGGCAUAUAACGUCCCAUACAACUAAAUAUUUUUUUCUUUUUGUACGGAUUAAACAAAUGAGAUACAUGUUAAUUAGUGAGCUUUAGAAGUACUGGUAGGUAGAUUUGGUUGUUUGGACACAGCCAGGCUAGUUGUUUACCUUUUUUCGGUCUUUAUGCUAGGCGUUGGCUUCACUGUACAGACAUGAGUGGUAUAAUCUUCUCAUUUAAUUCUCUGGAAGAAAGCGAAUAAGCGUACUUUCCAAAAUGUCAGGUUAUUCCUUUAAGUGUUCUUGUGCAUCUGAUGGAGUCCGGAGUCUUCCUAACCUGUGGAAACUUCCAGCAACAGAAACUGAGAAAAUGACCACGGGCAAAUCCAAUGGUUAAAAGGGAACUCAGUAAGUUUAAAUGUUGUUUCUGGAAUUUACCACAACUCCUUUCCUGCAAUAAGUCUCUCUAUUUAAAACACUUAGAAGCCGAUAUGCAACUGGCUCACUUCACUCUUACUGAUCUCCUUUCCAGCCAGUUAUGAUUAUCUCGCUUUAAUCAGACAGUGUUCACCUCACCAGAAUACUUAGGUAAAACUCCUCAUUUGUGCCUCUGAUGCUCACCAGCUCCCUGUGACAUCAACUUUGUAAUGGCUGGUUGUUGUAGGAAAAAAAAAGGUCUGUUGUGUUUGCAUAGCACAGAGUGGAAAAAAUGGCACAGUAAUGUACGUCCACCCGCAUUCUAAAGUGAUGUUGAUAGUCAGUUUUGUAUGUAUUUGUGUGGGAUUAAAGAAUAGUGCGCUCCCCAAACAUCUGUCAUCUGCAUGUUAUGUCCCUGCCAGACCUGCAUCAGUAUAUCUUUGUGCCAUGAGCAGUUUCAUCACUUCCUGUCUGUAGUGUAACCAGCUGCCUUAUUACCGUUCACUGUUUACAAAACCUCACUUACUGUAACUGCUGCUAGUAGCACAACAAAUUCCCUCCUUUACUGUUACCAAUACCUCCUCUACUUCACUCCAGCUGUGCCCUUAAACUAAACUAUAGCUCCUGACAAUAAUAAUAAUAAUAAUAAUAAUAAUACUCUCCUCACUCAACACUCUCACAACAAGAAGCUGGCAAGGUCGAGAGAAAAGUCCACUUGCGAUUUUUUUUUUUUUUUUUUUUUGUCCAAUUUUGCCAACCUGCUAAAUCCCGAAUAUGCAUGAGCGUGGAAGUGGAACGUUAUUGUAGUAAAUGCCGAUCUGUCCUGUUCACCAGCUGUUAACUGUACAUACCUGUUGAAGCGCUAAUAAAGAACUGGUGAAAGAAGUCACCCUUUAUCCAA